AUGCUUUCCAAAAAAUCGACUUCUUUUAUCUCGAUCGCAUUAGGCCUUAUUUUUGUUGCAUUUAUUCUCUCGACAUUUGCAAGUCCUUUAAGAGAUGCUUCAAUCCUAUCAAAUCAUUAUCACAGCAAUCAUUACUAUCCAUCCCCAACACAAUACUAUCCUCAUAAACCUCCUUCUCAUUCCAAAAGUAGUGUCGACAAAUACGAUGAAAGUAAGGACUAUAAAGAAGCCCACAGUAGUGUACAUGCUUAUCAUAGUGAUAAUGAGAAUAAGAUGACAGAGUCCUUAACUGAAGAAGAUAUUAAAGCAUUUUUACUUGACAUUUUUGUUGCUGGAUCUGAUUCAUCUUCAAGCACUUUAUGUUGCAUAAUUUACUACAAUUGUCUUAAUCCACGCGUAAAACAAACAUUAUUUGACGAAAUCGAUUCAGUUUUUCCUAAUAAUUUUUCCGGCACAUUAUGUAUAACCACUGAUCAUCUUGAAGACUCAAGCAUUGUGAAGCAAAGAUUAAUGAAACUUCUCUAUUGGGCCAAUCCUACUAUUUUUGAUUUAGAUAGGUUUUAUUUAAAAAUUGAUUUUGAUGAAUUUAAUGAUAAUUUUGACAAUGAAUAUGAGAUCUAUAUUAAUGACAGAGAUAAAUAUUCGUUAGUUAUUUUUGGCGGUGGCAUAAAAACUU